CUUGUCCAGUGAUGGGAAAUAUGGGGACGUUUUUUUGUCUCCUGUGUGUACUAACAUUUACUGCUGUUGAUUUGACAGUGCUCCAGUCGGAUGACCGAUGUAUUUUCAAUGGACACAGAUACCGCCAGGGGGAGACAUGGUCGCUGGACUGUAUGACGUCAUGCAGAUGUGUGCGCGCAAGUAUGAACGCUACCAUGUGUUACAGCAGAUGUGCCACGUACCAGUCCCUGCCGGCGGGCUGCAGGCUGGAGGUGAAGGCGGGGGAGUGCUGCCCGAAGCCCGUCUGUGAUUGGAUGUCACAGUGUAUCUACAAAGGUCGUGGCUAUGACGUGGGUGAGAAAUGGGACGACGGCUGUGACUACUCCUGUGAGUGUCUCAAAUCACAGUGGUAUUCUUGUCACGAAAGGUGCCCCAAGUACCUCAGCAUACCGCCCCACUGCGCUCUGGUUGCCGUACCUGGGAAGUGUUGUAAGGAAGUCAAGUGCGGGGGUAGCAUAUUGCCAGGUAACAAUUUCGGCACGACGCCGGACUCUAACACAACACCCAAACCUACGGACAAAACUUCGACGUCUCCCGCUGGUUCUAGCAAUCCAGGGAUAAUUAAAACCACUGCAAAAGUUCCAGGAUCGACAAGCGAGAGCUCGACGACCGCACUGCCAUCUAGCGUCACUAGCCAUUCUACAGCGACUGUUGCACCGUCUAGAACUUUUCUGCCAACUAAAUCGGUUUCUAGUACCAGUGCCCCACAAGUAUUUGUAAUACCGACCAAGAUUCCGGGCCUUUCAAGUUGCCAGGACAAGCUCCGUGAUUGCAGCGACUACGUGGACAGUGCCUGUUUUGACCGGAGGUAUCGGCCGUGGGCCCUGAGAAACUGUGCCCAGACAUGCGGGCUUUGCAGUACGAACGGGGGUAAUUCAGCCGGCCAGCCUUGCGCUUUCCCGUUCCAAUACAAAGGCUCCAAUGUCACGCAAUGUAUAGUAAGCGGACACUCCGAGCCUUGGUGCGCCGUCACGGAGAACUUUGACAGAGAUGGAAAAUGGGGAAAUUGUCACCCUUCGAUGUUGAAUCGGUUCUGUAAGAACGCUUUACCGGACUGCUAUCUGUACGGGAAAAACGCAUGUAUCGGCGGUUUUACUGAGUGGGGAAAAACGAAUUGUGCUGCCUACUGUGGAUACUGCGGCGCAGGACAUACCAAUCCAGGGUUUACCAAAACGCCCUCUGGUGUUUCAUCGUCAACGGCAGUGGUGACCCCGUCCUCAAAAGUGACCUCGGCCACCGUGCCGACCACUACAGCCACCCCUGUCUCAAAAACUGCGGCACCAACGUUCAAAAGUACUCAACGCCUUAACGUCACUUCUCUGCCGCCGUCAACGUCUGCGAGUACUUCACGCUCUACACCAGUUGUUACUGUGUCAAAGCAACCCAAACGCACCACAACCGCAACAACUCAACCAAUGACAACACAACGCUUGGCGUCAUCAACAGCAGCAGCGCCCUCUCCCGGCCCUGGUGACUGUGUGUAUGGCGGGAAGACCUACAAGGACGGUGAGACGUGGAAUGACGGCUGUGCCUACCGCUGUAAAUGUGUGCUAGGUUACCACACUUGUAACAAAAGGUGUCCAGGUUUGAUUGAUUGGAUAGAGCACCUUCCAGCCGGUUGUACUCUUGGUGCGCCGCCUGUCGGCAAGUGCUGUCCUGCACCGGUGUGUCCCCCUGGCGUCAAUGUUUCGACGUGGCCAAAGAAUUACGUUCCAUGAAUUUCACCUAAAAUCAAGUAAAACAAAGUUUUUUUUUAAUUUUUAAUCUGGUGAUAAUUUAUCUUUCACUGAAAAUCAUCAUGCAUACGGCUCGUUUAAGAAAAAAAAAACUCUAAAAUAUUUCCUGGUGCAAGUGUUAAUUUAUUUACAACAAAAAAAUUGGAAUUUUCAUUUUGAAACUGUGGAUAUAUCUAACGCCUGCAGUAAAAGAAACAAUCUGUCGAUUUUUGGUCAUGUAACAAAAAAGAAGACCUAGUAUCAUGGCUUAUUUUUUGUCUCAAGGAACUUGGUAUAUAUAAUAAACUUACCAGUAUGACAAUACAUGUUCAUGGAUUUUUCUCUGUGUACUUAUCAAUCCUAAUGUACAACAACUGCCUUUAUUUUGUCUUUUAUUUUCCAAAUGACUUGUGUUAAAUAAA